GCGCGGCUGCCGCCAAGAGCGGGAAAUCGAAACUCAAGCUGUUAAAACCGCUGCCCCUGCCCUUCCGAAUCGCAAUCUCGAGACUCCCGAGGCGUCCCGGCCCUAGUCCCUCCCGCAGCGGCGGCCGGGGACCCGCGGACCGAGAGCUAUGUUCACCCGCACUCGGGCGGUGGGCUCCGGGCUCGGCGCCUCCUCUGCCCCCCGCCCGGCCCGGGACCCCUCAGGACGGCCCCGGGAGCCCGACCAGCUGCAAGGUGUCGGAGCGGGUUCGAAGGCGGCCCCCCAGAGCCCUUCGGGGGAGAGCCCGGGGCUCGCGGGCCCGCGGCCCACAGGCGCAUAUACCUUGAUAACACCAAAUGAGAACCGAAGAAAUCAGAUACAAAGGAUUGCUGAGAAAGAGCUGGAAAAUCUUGAGAAGUGGAAGGAGCAACAGCGAGUGAAGCUUGUUACCCUGGUCCCAACACAGUUAGGUGGAAGCCAAUCGGAGGCUGAAGUCAGGCAGAAACAACAACUCCAACUGAUGCGAUCGAAAUACCAGCAAAAGCUAAAAAGAGAAGAAUAUGUAAGAAGCAAGAAGCGAGUGGAAGAAGCCAAAUUCCAACAAAUGAAGGCAAUUCAGAGACAGAAGAGCAGUAAACUAGAGGAGAAAGAAAGACUUCAAGAAAACCUAAGAAGAGAAGCAUUUAGAGAGCACCGACAGUACAAAACUGCGGAGUUCUUGAGCAGGCUGGACACAGAGUUGCCAGACGGAAGUUCCCGUCAAAUGGCUCUUCAUGACCCACAGUCUUCAGCUUGGAAACUUCCUUUCCUGCUUGGGAAUCACACCUUGAAACUUCCUGAACUGCCUGGGAAUCACACCUUGGCCAGAAGCUGGGCUUACAAGGAUUCUCUAAAGGAAGAAGAAAAUAAAAAAUUGCAAAAGAUGAAGGAGGAACAACGUCAGAAGAGUGAAUUACUGGAAUUUAACCGACAGCAACAGGAGGAAGAAAGAACCAAAGCCCGCCAGGUUGAACACAGAAGGGUAAAUAAUGCUUUUCUGGACCGCCUCCAAGGCAAAAGUCAGCCAGGUGGCUUCGAGCACUCGGGAGGCCAUUGGAAUAUGAAUAGUGGUAACAGCUGGGGGGACCCAGCCAUUUCUGGAAUUCUGAUGUAUGACAGAAGGCAGAGCACAUCACUGGGGGAAAACGAACUCUUUAACAGAUGCUGGUGGGACAGAUUGAGAAGCCUCAUGGAAUCAUAACCAAUCAAAUCCAGGUGGAUUAAGGAUUGUAAGUAGAAAGAAAACUUUUUAAACUUUAGAAUAGACUACAAAACUGAGGAUUUUGUAAGACCCAAGGUAUAAACUAAAAAGAAAGGAUGAAUAUGCAUUAAAAUGAAACAUCUGUUCAUCAAAGGAAACCAUAUGAAAGAAAGAAGAAAAGCCACACAUGAAGAUUUUAUCCUGGACAUGUUUUGUAAACAACAAGGGGACAAAACGUUAGUAUACAGAUGUAUUUAGCCUGUGUCAUUUUUUAGAAGUUGAUGGAACCUGAACUACCCUAAGAAUGAGUGAGAGGAGCUCACAGGUAGGGCUUGGAGGAAAUACUAGAAACAGUAAAAGGCUGAAAAAGAAGACAAGGAAGAAGGCAGAAAACAUGACAAAACAAUAAUGAAAGCCAAAGAGAGAAAGACUUGUUUCUUGAAACAUCAUAUAAACACUUAAGAAGUAGGACUUUAAUAAGUAUAUUUUGGGUAGACAAAUUAGAU